AUGGCAAACGUUCAAGAGCUUAUUUCUCAGCAAGAAGAAAGAGGCAGCAAUUUCGAAAAAUUCGUCUCUACUAUAAAGAAGGCACCUCUUGAAAGGAGAACGGAAGAGUUCUACAAGAGCAAACUUGAUGAACUAAGGCUGUUAUGGCAGAAUUUUGAGAAGGCAGAAAACAGAAUUUGCGAUGAUCCAUCAUUGUCAGAGGAUGAUCCGUAUAUUGCUCGGAAUCUAUAUAGAACGAUUGGAGAGAAGUUCAGCUCAACAAUGGAAUAUAUAGACGCGGAAAUAAAGAAACUGAGGUCAGCCAAAAGUAAGCCAGUUCCCACCUUGAGAGAGAAAUCGACUGAAGUUGUCGCAGGAGACAAAAUACCUUCCCGUGUUGAUGGGCUUGUCAGAAUGAUAAAUGCUCGAAUGAGUGCCCUUAGUCGUCACUUGCAAGGCUUGGGUACAAUCGAAGCGGAACAGCCGAAGCAAUUUUAUAGCAUCAAAGAAGAUACUAUAAAAAAGCUAUGGAAUCAAAUAACGGAGCUCUACGAUGAAAUAUUGCAGCAGAUUGAAGAUCCAUCGAAAAUUGGAUUAAGUCAAGAAAACUACGAUAUGCUGGAAGAUUCGGUACAAGACAACUUAAUAAAACUUGCAGUCUUGAAAGACAAAUGCAGCGAAACCGUGACCAUUGCACCUCAAUUAGGGAUAGAACGGAUUUUGAGUCAACCAAAUGGAACUUCAUCAACGGCCUCCAUCAAAGCUCUGCAUGACACUACAAAGGAAUGCAUGCUAGCCCUCAACAAUCUUCAAAUCGACACAACGUCUUGGGAUGCUCUAUUGAUUCAAUUGAUCACAAAGAAAUUGGAUCACGCUCUGUACAUACGAUUCAUGCAAUCACUGGCGAAUCCGAAGGAAGUUCCUACUAUGAAAGAGCUGUUUUCAUUUUUGGAACUUCAAUUCGAAUCAAUGGAAUCGAUUGGAAAAGCGGCAUCUACGCACAAGAGUUCAACCAAAACUGUUUCGUCCGUAACAUCAGUGGAGGAUCACAGGAGUUGUAAACUAUGCAAGAACGACUCCCAUCCAAUUUAUCAUUGUAAGAAGUUCUUGGCAAUGACAGAAGGUGAGCGAUUGAAAUGGAUACAGCAACAUAAAUUGUGUGUAAAUUGUUUCAAAUCGGACCAUGCAGCAAAAACUUGUUUUUCUGGCAACUGCAAAAUAUGUAGUAAUAAGCACAAUACACUGCUACAUUUGCCAAAAAGGUCUCAACCGUCGCCGAAGGCCUCAAAUCAAUCACCACCAACAAAAAUCGAUAUCGCACCAGUCAACGUUACUGCAGUUUCUUCGGCAUCAGCAGAAGAUCAGAAAAAUGUAAUUCUAGCAACGGCUAGAGUCAUCAUCAAGGCGACUAACGGUAUGUCAGGCGAAUUUAGAGCGGUGUUAGACUCGGGUUCGCAAGUGAACAUUGUGACGGAAAGACUCAUACAAAAAUUGUCACUUAGAACAGCAGAUGCCUCUUUAUCUAUUUCCGGAGUCGGAAGGAUUCAGAAGAAGGCUUAUCAUCGGGUAAACAUACAAAUGUUAUCAAGCAAUUCUGAAUUUUCAACAAAUUUGGAAGCAUUUGUUUUGCCCACAAUUAUACCUCCGCAACCAAAUCAUGAUUUGGAUAUACAAAACUGGCAAAUUCCCAAGAAUAUUAGAUUAGCAGACCCUAAUUUUAACGUUCAAGGAAAAAUUGACAUUUUACUCGGAGCUGAGUUUUACUUCAGUUUAAUGCAACCAGGCACAAUAAAACUAAAUGGUCAUCAACCCAUACUCCAAAAUACUGCGCUUGGCUGGAUUGUAGGUGGUUUAAUUCAACAAUCGUCAACGGACGACACAUCAGCAGCGCUAACAUGCGCAAUUUUUAGUGAAACAUCACUGGAACAAGCUAUUGAAAAAUUAUGGAAACUUGAGGAAGUGGAAUCAACUGAAAAGGUCAUGUCUCCAUUAGAAACCCUUUGCGAAUCUCACUUCAAUCAACAUGUUAAGACGGAUCAGAAUGGUCGUUUCAUCGUCAGCUUUCCGUUUCAAGAAUCUCCAACAGCAUUGGGGAAAUCACAUGCAAUGGCUUAUAACCGAUUUAUGAGCCUUGAACGCCGACUUCUACAGAAGGAAGAUAUACGAAGUCAGUACAUUACAUUUAUGCGAGAAUAUGAACAAUUAGGACACAUGCAAAAGAUUGACGUGUGUACCGUAUCAAAUCCUAAAUAUUUUAUUCCGCAUCAUUGUGUUCUUAAGCCCGAUAGUACAACAACAAAACUUAGGGUUGUAUUUGACGCAUCAGCGAAAACUUCAUCAGGUCAAUCGUUAAAUGAUCUAAUGUAUACAGGACCAAUCGUACAAAGUGAAUUGUUUUCUAUUUUGCUGAGGUUUCGAUUGCCAAAAUUCGUCUUCACAACCGAUAUUGAAAAGAUGUACAGGCAAAUUUUAAUGCAUCCCGAUGAUCAAAGGUAUCAGCUAAUUAUCUGGAGAGAGGAUCCAUCCCAUCCAGUCAGUUAUUACAAACUUAAUACGGUCACAUAUGGGACACGUUCAGCACCGUAUCUGGCUACAAAAUGCUUACAAAAGAUUGCAAACGAGAACAUGGAGCGUUAUCCAUUAGGCUCACAAAUGCUGAAAGAUAAUUUUUAUAUGGAUGACGGUCUCGGCGGUGCAGAUAGCCUAAGUACAGCUAUUGAAAUACAAAAGGAGUUAAUAACAAUCUUGAAACAACACGGCUUCAUUCUAAGGAAAUGGUCAUCCAAUACACCAAGAUUGCUGAAGGACAUACCACAAAGCGAUCGAGAAGUGAACCUGGAUCUCAACGAAUCACAAACAAUAAAGACGUUGGGAUUAUAUUGGAUGCCGCAAGCAGAUCAAUUUUGUGUAAAACGAACAUUGAUCAUAAUGAAAUCAUAUCAAAACGAGUAG